UGGUAGCUUUCCUCCCUUUCAGCUAUGCACUCAGGGCAGGGCGCUUGUGCAUAACGGCUGCCUAAACCUUGACUGGUGGCCAUGUUCAAAGGUCAUAUAAAAGACAAGGAAAAUAAUAAAAGAAGUACAGAAAUGGUCACAGGAAAAGCUUGAGAAUAUGGUUCUGCCACUGUAAGAAAUGAAAUAGAAGGUAUCAUGGUUAGGAUUUAUUUUGUCUUUUAUCAGCCAGGCAGUAUGCAGGACUGAAGUGAGUAAUUCCUUAGCUGUUCUUUACAUGCCUGUAGUCAUAUUACAGUUGGUCCUCACAAUUAGUGCAUGAAAAACACUUGUAAGAAUAUUUUUAUAAUAAAGUGGUGUGAAGUUAAUGCAGGCCAGUAAGUCUGGAGAAAUAGCUAUGUUAAUUCCAUAGGAGCUCACAGCAUAGUUUAAAAGGUCUAAUGAAAAUCCAAAUGAACCUUAGCCUCUAUUUUUAUCAUGUUUAAGUCAUUUAAUCAGCAGUUUCUGUAGACAGAAUAGCUAAUUGAUACUCAAGGAUUUAGCCAUUUGCACUGAUGAUAGGAACUGAUAUUAGUUCCCAAGUCAGACAUAUUCCCUGGCAAAACUGUGUAUUUACGAUGAAUACGUACAACAUUUUAUUUUCCUGAACAUGGCAGGAGCAAGCAAAGGGCAGUUUCUGUUUGUACAGUUCUCAAGCUGUCUGUUCCCAUAUCUUCCAUGGACAUAUAAGACUAUAUUUCUCUUUCUUUUCAGUCUUCCCCACAAUGUUUGUCACUCAGCCUUCUUGAUUCUUAUGUCCUGGCACUUUAAAUAGCAUAAAUUGAGCCUGAUGAGAAAUAUAAAUCCAUAAAAUACGAGAGAGGAUUGAUGAUUUAGGCAGAUCACCUUCCCAAUCCAGUUUACCGCAUUGCCGUGUGAAUGCUUGUGCUAGUGCUAAGGGGACAGUAUACAUAUGGGAAUGAAUGACAGGGGACUAGAAAAGUCGUAGUAGGGCUUCUGCUGGCACACAAUAACUGUGGAUCUGUGCUGACACAGGGAAUGGGUUCACAAUACGGCUUUAGAAGAAUUAACAAUUCACCACCCUGGGUGCUGGGAGACCCAUUUUCCCUGUUCCUUCUUCUGGAUGUAUGCUCCUGCCACUUCAUUGAGCCUGCCUAGCACAUGCUGAAUUGCUUAGUGAACUAAUACCACUCAUUAAAAUGCCAGGAAAUUACCAUGACAAAAGAAUGAUGAAUUUUUCCUGGUAGGUUAGUGGUUUGAAUCAGUUUACGAUGUUAUCAGUUGCAUAGCUGGGAUGAAAACAAGGAGUGGGAAGAGAGCAGAGAGAAGAGAUACUUCUUUCUUUUGGCAUUGAAGCCAGAAGUUGGAGACCCACUAGCUCAUAAUUGAACAUGGCAGGGGAUGUAAAAAGCUUCACACGCCUGCUACUGGAAUGCAACAGCAAUGACAAGCUAUGUGUUGUGCGUGAAUAUCAGACUGAAGUGAUUGUUGUUCCAGUUCUCCUUGUGGGUGUUUUUGUCAUCAUGCUAACUGUGAUCCUUUGGCUCCACUGCCGAGGCUUGCGAGCAAAGCAGGAGCAAUCAUCAACAUCUGGACACCGAGUGAAUGACAAGAAUCAGCAGGAAUACAGCUCAACAGAGAGCCGCUAUAUCCAGCUGAAUGAGACAUCUGUGGAAAGCCUGCUAAAUUCUGCAUCCUUGACUCUGAAAGAACUGGAGAUACCACGAGAGAAACUCUCACCAGGCACUUGGCAGCUGAUAAAACAUGGCCGCUAUGGGAGCAUCUACAGAGCACAACUGGAAACUGGGAACCCCGGGAGGACUAAGACUGUAGUACUGAAAGCCUUACGAGACCUGGCUAGUGUCCAGGAAGUAAAGCAUUUCCUGGGAAGGAUUAAAUUCCAUCAAAAUCUUGGCCAUCAUGAGAACCUGGUUGAAUUGGUUGGAUGCUGUGUAGGUCAGCUCCCACUUUAUAUGAUCAUGGAAGAUGUCUCUCUUGGUGACCUGUUGACGUUUCUAUGGAUGUGUCGAAAGGAUGUAAUGACAAUGGAUGGUGUCCCCUGUGACCUCACUGAGAGGCAAGUAUAUGAAGUUGGACAGCAGGUUGCAGCAGCUCUGGCUUAUCUUGAACAGAAGAAAUUGUUCCAUGGUGACAUUGCUGCCAGGAAUGUCCUUCUUCAUUCCAACUUCACUGCUAAGCUCUGUGGUUUCGGUCUGGCCUAUGAAACUCACACAUAUGGUGCCAAGUCAGUCACAAAGACUGUGCCAGUCAAGUGGCAGGCACCAGAGCGGCUCCUAAAGAAACCUCCCAGCAUCAAGGCAGACAUAUGGUCUUUUGGAAUUCUGCUGUAUGAAAUGAUUACAUUAGGUGCUCCACCAUAUCCUGAGGUGCUACCUUCUGACAUCUUACCAUACCUUCAGAGAGAGAACAUGAUGAAGCAGCCCUCAAGCUGCCAGCAAGCCAUGUACAGCAUCAUGAAGUCCUGCUGGCAGUGGAAUGCAGCUAACCGGCCUUCUCCAGCAGACCUGAUGUGGUCCCUACAAACAGCUAUGAAGAACAGCAAUGACCAUGCAGUAUUGCAGGUGCCUGAGCUAGUGGUGCCUGAACUCUAUGCUAAUGUUGCUGGUGUUGAUGUGCUAAAUCUAGUGAGGGAAUACACUAUACUCUGAAGGACCUUGAUACAUGUUGGUAUAAGAGAAUUCUCUGAGUCUGCCCUUUCUAGACACUUUGCAAGCUCAGGAUAAGGUGUGUAUGCUGGGAGGGAUCUCUUUGUUUUUCAAAUACGUUAUAUAUAUCAGAUCUCUCCUCCAUUCCAGAAACAACAAACUAUUAUCAUUAUUAUUAUGAAAUCAACCUGUUGAUAUCAUUCUGCCAGUGGUCAUUUUUUUUAGGAAACUGUAGAAAAUGUAAUGAGAAGCUGGAGUUAAAGGAGUGUAUUGGGUUUGUGUAGCAAGGUUUUGGUAGCAAAAGGAUUACACGGAUGGCUUCUGUGAGAAGACACCAGAAGCUGUCUCCGUGCCCAACAGUGCCAGUUCCAGCCGGCUCCAAGACAGAACUGCCACUGGCCAAAGCUGAGCCCAUCAGUGAUGGUGGUAGCACCUCUGGGAUAACGUGUUUAAGAAAAGGUGAAAAAACCUGUGCACCGUCAACUGGAAGAGAGAAACAACCCUACAGACACCCAGGUCAGUGCACCAAGGAAGGCAGGAGGUGCUCCAGGCUCUAGAGCAGAGAUUCCCCUGCAGCCCAUGGUGCAGACCAUAGUGAGACAGGCUGCCCCCCUGCAGCCCAUGGAGGUCCAUGGUGGAGCAGAUUCCACCUGCAGCCUGUGGAGGACCCCAUGCCAGAGCAGGCAGAUGCCCACAGGAGGCUGUGACCCCUUGGGAAGCCUGCACUGGAGCAGGUUUGCAGGCAGGACUUGUGACCCCGCAGGGAACCCAUGCUGGAGCAGUCUGCUCCUGAAGGGCUGCUCCUCAUGGAAGGGACCCACGCUGGAGCAGUUUGUGAAGAACUGUGGGAAAGACCAAUGCAGGAGAAGUUCAUAAAGGACUAUUCCACAACCCCCGUUCCCCAUCCCCCUGCACCACUGGAGAAGGUAGAGAAAAUCAGGAGUGAAGCUGAGCUCGAGAAGAAUAGAGGGUUGGGGAGCAGGUGUUUUAAGAUCUCAUCAUUGUACUCUGAUUUUGAUUGACAAUAAAUUAAACUGAUUUCCCAAGUUGA